CCCCACAUUCUCAGCUCCAAAUAAGGAAGAAACUUUGAAUCACAUGCCAACGAUACCUUAGGUUGAGACGCAACACAUGACACGAGUAAUAGUAAUGGCGAAGGAGCACUAAAACAUCCCAAGUCAUAAACGUAUACUAUUCCUUUCCCCACGAAAACCCCCGGAAGUUCUUUUUUAACUCUUGCGUGUAGGUCCACUUCGCCUAACCUAGGCUAGGUAUUAUUGUGGGGGGUCGGUCCCAUGUUGAGAGCAAUGUCGCAGAUUCUCAUUGCCAAUAGCGAGUCACUGAGUGGCUUAGAAGACGCGUUAGCGCAUUUAUAGCGCAUCUAUAGGGAGCUAAACAGUACAUAGCUGGUUCGCGGCAUAGGUUCCAGAAUAGGCCGAACAUUACAGGGUCCCUUUCCAGAAUCACAUGUUGAACUUGCAAGCUCUUAGCCGUAAGACGUUGCAGUAGAGGGCGAGGCUCGGUAAAAAAAAGUGUAAUCGCCGAGCCUUUGGUUCUUCCUUUAAAAGAUAAUUGAUCUUUCCCUUUUCCUCACUUGUACUUUUAACCAUUUUAUGUUACUGCUAUAAUUCCAAAUAGAUAUUUUAUUUCUAUAUACCCAGGCUUUUCCUUCAGCAUGUCCAAGACCUUUUCCAAGAGCGACGUCGCAUCGCAUAACAAAGGCGAUUCUCUAUGGAUCGUUGUAGAUGACGAUGUCUACGAUCUGACCAAAUUCCAAGAUGAGCACCCUGGUGGGAAGAAGAUCCUAACCCGAGUUGCCGGAAAGGAUGCGUCCAAGCAAUUUUGGAAAUAUCAUAAUGAGGGUAUUCUCAAGAAGUACAAACCAUCACUUCAAAUUGGCUCGUUAGAUACCAAACCCAAACCCAAGUCCGAACCAACACCAGAACCGUCCAAGACCUACGCUGCUCCCAAGCCGACGAAGGAGACUAAGAAAGCCGUUGUUCCCUCCACUGCGCAACAAGAGACCGAGGCAUUGGAACCAUUCGGUGCUCUGAUUCCUUUUGCGGAUCCCAGUUGGUACCAGGGUUUCCACUCUCCCUAUUUCAACGAAUCCCACGCCGCUCUCCGAGCCGAAAUUCGCGAAUGGGUCGAGCGCGAUAUCGAGCCGAAUGUCACGGAAUGGGACGAAAAGAAAGAGGUGCCACGUGAGAUCUUCCUCGAGGCAGGCCGUCGUGGUUAUCUUGCAGGCCUACUAGGUGUACAUUAUCCCGUCGAGUACACGAAAAAUACUGUCAAGUCGGUAGCGCCGGAGCAAUGGGAUCUGUUCCAUGAAUUGAUCGUCACCGAUGAACUGUCACGUGUCGGAUCUGGCGGGUUUGUCUGGAACAUCCUUGGUGGCUUUGGUAUUGGUUGCCCGCCGCUCGUCAAGUUCGGCAAGAAGGCCUUGAAAGACCGUAUUCUACCUGGACUUCUGACAGGAGAGAAACGAAUUUGCUUAGCAAUCACGGAACCCGAUGCCGGAAGCGAUGUUGCUAACCUGACUUGCGAAGCUAAGCUGAGCGAAGAUGGCAAGCAUUACAUCGUUAACGGUGAAAAGAAGUGGAUUACGAAUGGUAUCUGGUGUGAUUACUUCACCGUCGCCGUACGAACAGGUGGCGAGGGUAUGGCCGGUGUCUCCCUGCUCCUUAUCGAGCGUGACUUCGGUGGCGUAAGCACAAGACGUAUGGACUGCCAAGGUGUAUGGUCGUCCGGUACUACAUACAUCACCUUCGAGGAUGUUAAGGUGCCUGUUGAGAACCUCAUUGGCAAGGAAAACCAGGGCUUCAAGGUCAUGAUGACCAACUUCAACCACGAACGGAUGGGUAUCAUCAUCCAAUGCCUGCGCUUCUCCCGUGUCUGCUACGAGGAAUCUGUCAAAUACGCGAACAAGCGACGAACCUUUGGCAAGAAGUUGAUGGAGCACCCCGUGAUCCGCAUGAAGCUGGCGCACAUGGCGAGGCAGAUCGAGGCCUCGUACAAUUGGCUAGAGAACCUCGUCUACCAGUGCCAGAAGAUGGGCGAGACAGAGGCUAUGCUCAGACUCGGUGGACCCAUUGCUGGUCUCAAGGCCCAGAGCACGCUCACCUUUGAGUUCUGUGCGCGCGAGGCCAGCCAAAUUUUCGGUGGCCUGAGUUACUCGCGAGGUGGUCAGGGCGGCAAGGUCGAGCGACUGUACCGUGACGUCCGCGCGUAUGCCAUUCCUGGAGGUAGCGAGGAGAUCAUGCUUGACCUGAGCAUGAGGCAGAGCUUAAGAGUUGCUAAGAUGACGGGCAUGAAAUUGUAAGAAGGCGGGAGAAGAGUACGAUAUGUAUAUAUACGGGACAGUUUUUGGUCCUUUUUGUGUAUGAAGAUGGGCGCAUGAAUUGGAAAUUCGGGUGGUGCGUUCCAGGUUUUGCAUGGAAAUUCGAGGCUUCGAGUUACUACUAUCCAAUAGGUGCCUGCUUAUUAUAUAACAUUUCAAUGUUUCGAUGAAGUUUAUCAAAUUUGGAUUAGCUGUCAGCUGUAAAUCAGAAGUUCAGCAUCCUAUCGAGCCGGUGACGGCUCCAUCCUUUCUAU